CUUUUACCCGCCAAAACUGAUGAAAUGACUGAAGAGGUUGAGGCACUGAGAGGACAGAAGGGGCAGAAGGGAGAGCCUGCCAUCAUAGAGCCUGGAAUGAUGAUGAAUGGUCCCCCUGGUCCAGAAGGCCCUGCUGGUCUCCCAGGGGCUCAAGGAGUACCAGGUCUGCCCGGCAAGCCUGGAGAAGUGGGUGACAGGGGUCCUGACGGUCUGCCAGGGCUGCCGGGCGCGGACGGUCUGCCAGGAAAACCAGGAACUGUCCUGAUGAUGCCUUUCCGGUUCAGCGCGGGGUCUGACUCUGGCCAGAAGGGCCCGGCUGUGUCUGCGCAGGAGUCCCAGAUGCAGGCUAUGAUGCAGCAGGCCCGGCUGGCACUGCGGGGAUCAACUGGCCCAAUGGGUCUGACCGGAAGAUCAGGCCCUCUGGGACCCCCGGGUAUUCCUGGACUGAAAGGAGAGCCUGGAGAGAGUGGUGUUCAGGGACCUCGUGGGCUCCGGGGAUCAGGAGGCCCACCCGGGAAACCAGGGCGACGGGGCCGAGCAGGAGCAGACGGUGCCCGGGGAAUGCCAGGAGAGUCAGGAGGAAAGGGGGACAGAGGGUUUGAUGGCUUGGGUGGACUACCUGGAGAAAAGGGAAACAGAGGUGAGAUGGGGCUUUCUGGUCCCCGUGGCCCACAAGGAGAGGAUGGUGAAAGGGGGGACGCUGGGGAGGUCGGCCCACGGGGGCUGCCUGGAGAAUCUGGGCCUCGUGGUGUUCUGGGGCCCAAAGGACCCCCUGGACCCCCAGGACCUCCGGGUGUGACUGGACUGGAUGGUCAUCCGGGCCCUAAGGGAAACAUAGGCCCACAGGGUGAGCCUGGUCCCCCAGGCCAGCAGGGUGGUGGGGGAGCUCAGGGCCUCCCAGGGCCACAGGGGGCCAUUGGCCCCCCAGGAGAGAAGGGCCCACUGGGGAAACCAGGUCUGACUGGAAUGGGUGGAGCUGAUGGCCCUCCAGGUCACCCAGGAAAGGAAGGCCCACCUGGAGAGAAAGGAAAUCUGGGGCCUAUUGGUCCUCAGGGACCAAUUGGUUAUCCGGGGCCCAGAGGAGUGAAGGGAACAGAUGGGGUACGAGGACUGCAGGGACACAAAGGUGACAAGGGAGAAGAUGGCUUCCCUGGAUUCAAAGGGGAUAUGGGCAUCAAGGGAGACAGGGGGGAGUUUGGACCCAAUGGCCCACGCGGGGAAGAUGGCCCAGACGGGCCUAAGGGGAGGAGCGGUAUCCCUGGAGACUCAGGCCCGGCUGGUCCAUUUGGAGAGAAGGGUAAGCUGGGAGUUCCGGGGUUGCCAGGAUACCCAGGAAGACAAGGUCCAAAGGGAUCUCAGGGAUUUCAAGGUUUCCCAGGAGCCAACGGAGAAAAAGGAACUCGUGGUGUACCUGGAAAGGCUGGUCCAAGGGGGCAAAGAGGACCCACUGGGCCGCGUGGUGAAAGGGGACCAAGGGGCCCUACAGGAAAGUCAGGACCAAAGGGUACUUCAGGACAUGACGGGCCUCCUGGACCACUAGGCGAAAGGGGCCUACCUGGGCCUCAGGGGCCAAUAGGAUUCCUCGGACCGAAGGGCCCUCCGGGUCCAGCUGGGAAGGAAGGACUGCCAGGGCAUCCCGGACAGAGAGGUGAAACGGGUUUCCAAGGUAAAACUGGCCCCCCAGGACCUCCCGGUGUGGUGGGACCACAGGGCCCCGCAGGCGAGACAGGCCCAUUGGGAGAUCGGGGACACCCCGGCCCCCCGGGGCCCCCAGGAGAGCAGGGCCUGCCCGGACCUGCAGGGAAAGAGGGAGUAAAGGGGGACCCUGGUCCCGGUGGCCCGGGUGGGAAGGACGGUCCCCCAGGACAGAGGGGGUUCCCUGGGGAACGAGGACUACCUGGACCGCUGGGGGCAGCAGGCCUUAAAGGAACCGAAGGCCCUAUUGGUGCCCCUGGACCAGCAGGCUCCCCUGGUGAACGGGGACCUGUCGGCCCUGCUGGACCCCCUGGCCUUCCUGGGCGUCCGGGGCCCCUGGGGCCCCCAGGCCCAGCUGGAGAGAAAGGUGGCCCGGGAGAGAAAGGCCCCCUGGGUCCGGCCGGGAGAGACGGAGCUCAGGGUCCUGUAGGCCUGCCUGGGCCCUCCGGCCCCCUGGGGCCAGCUGGAGAGGACGGAGACAAGGGAGAAGUUGGUGAGCCUGGACAAAAGGGAAGCAAAGGAGACAAAGGAGAACAUGGUCCACCUGGUCCUUCCGGCCCCCUGGGCCUGAUUGGACAGCCCGGUCCUGCCGGGGCAGAUGGAGAGCCAGGACCUCGAGGGCCGCAGGGCCCCUUUGGGCAGAAAGGAGAUGAAGGACCGCGGGGAUUCCCAGGCCCUCCUGGGCCCCUUGGCCUGCAGGGAUUGCCUGGACCAACCGGAGAGAAGGGAGAGACGGGAGAUGUUGGUCAACUGGGCCCCCCUGGACCCCCAGGACCCAGAGGACCGGCUGGCCCCUCAGGAGGAGAUGGCCCCCAGGGGCCUGUAGGCGGCGUUGGGAACCCUGGAGCUUUGGGAGAGAAGGGUGAUGCUGGCGAGGCAGGAGAGCCUGGUCUGCAGGGGGAAAUUGGGCCGAUGGGCCCGAGGGGGGACAGGGGGGAGAAAGGAGAAGCCGGUCCUUCUGGUUCUGCCGGGCCUCCUGGCCCGAAAGGUCCUCCUGGAGACGACGGUCCCAAAGGCAGUCCUGGUCCUGGCGGUUUCCCUGGUGAUCCUGGUCCUCCUGGAGAGAUCGGUAUGCCUGGUAUGGAUGGUAUGCAAGGUGACAGGGGAGAGGAUGGAGAACCUGGUCAAGCUGGCUCUCCUGGUCCGACUGGCGAGUCCGGUCCCACCGGCCCCCCAGGGAAACGCGGUGCCGAAGGUCCUGCUGGCCCUGAGGGAAGAAGAGGUGAAAAGGGAGGCAAGGGCGAGACUGGUGUGGAAGGUCCUCCAGGGAAGACUGGUCCAGUGGGCCCUCAGGGAGCCCAUGGAAAGCCUGGUUCUGAAGGUCUCAGAGGUGUCCCAGGCCCAGUGGGUGAGGCAGGCCUCCCUGGCUCCACAGGCCCAGGUGGACCUCCAGGGCCUAUGGGUCCGCCAGGAUUAGCGGGUAUGAAAGGUGACACAGGGGGCAAAGGUGAAAAGGGGCACCCUGGAUUAAUCGGGCUAAUUGGACCAACGGGCGAGCAGGGAGAAAAGGGCGACAGGGGUCUUCCGGGCCCCCCGGGAUUAUACGGAGCCAAAGGUGACAGUGGAAUCGCAGGUCCUACAGGGCCACUCGGCCCCGUCGGUUCCUCAGGACUCCCGGGUCCUGCUGGUCCAAAGGGAUCUAAGGGUUCAUCCGGCCACGCAGGUCCUAAGGGAGAGAUGGGCGUUACUGGACCUCCAGGCCCCCCCGGUCCUCCCGGCGAGGUCAUCCAGCCCCUCCCCUUGCAGUCGUAUCCUAAGAAGAGCAAGCGGAGCGUUGACGGCAGCCAGCUGGAGCUCAACGGCGACGGCGAUGGCGGCAAGGACUACGACGACGGGAUGGAGGAGAUCUUCGGCUCGCUGAACGCCCUGAAGCAGGAGAUCGAGCACAUGAAGCACCCGCUGGGCACGCAGGCCAACCCCGCCCGCACCUGCAAGGACCUCCAGCUGUGCCAGCCGGACUUCACCGACGGCGAGUACUGGAUAGACCCCAACCAGGGCUGCCCCGGCGACUCCUUCAAGGUCUACUGCAACUUCACGGCAGGCGGGGAGAGCUGCAUGUACCCGGAUAAGAAGUCUGCCGGAGUGAGAAUAACCAACUGGCCAAAGGAGGUUCCGGGCUCCUGGUUCAGUGAAUUCAAACGUGGCAAAAUGCUGUCGUAUGUGGACUCGGAGGGGAACCCCAUCAGUGUGGUGCAGAUGACCUUCAUCCGGCUGCUCAGCGCCUCCGCCCGCCAGAACCUGACCUACAUCUGCUCCCGCUCCACGGCCUGGCACGACUCCGUGCACGACUCCUACGACAACGCCAUCCGCUUCCUGGGCUCCAACGACGAGGAGAUGUCCUACGACAACAACCCCUACAUCAUCGCUCUGACGGACGGCUGUGCGGCGAAGAAGGGAUAUUCAAAGACUGUACUGGAGAUCAACACUCCCAGAGUGGAGCAGUUGCCAUUUGUGGACAUCAUGUUCAAUGAUUUUGGUGAAAGCUCACAGAAAUUUGGCUUCGAAGUAGGACCUAUCUGCUUCAGUGGAUGAGACUAAUAAUACAAAUGUAAAUGAACUGAGUGGAACAGAACACUGCAAAUGAACAAAUCACCACAAAAACUCAUCAUGCCAAGACCAGGAAAAAUAAAAUUAAAUAACAAAAAAAAAAAAACCUCCCUCUCUCUAAAACCUCUCUCUUUGUCUCAUGCAAGUUUUGAAACUAGAGGAGUCAGUGACUCCACAUCACAUGCCCUGUACCCUUCCACAACAGCAUAUCCCCACAGGAGUGCUCUUAGGUGUGGUUCAGCUGCACGGGCUGACCACCCUGAGGUGUGCUUUUGUACCUUUUGGAAAAUUGCAAGUUGGGAGGUCAGGACCUGCAAUGGCUUCUCCUACAGAGGGACGUGGACGAUGUGCUUCCUACUUCUUUUUGUGUAUAUUGUAUACCCGUUCUUAGAAAUGGAGUUAAAUAUAUUACAUACGUUUGUAGGAUUGUAUAUUUUCCUGUAAUUUGUAAUGAUGAGGGUUUGAAAACAUGCAGGUGACUUUUAGUUCUCUUGGACGGAGAGUCCGUUGGAUGGAAGGGAGAAGGAGAACACAAACAGAGUGAGAGACACCCUGCAGGAGGAGCAAAGCCCAGCUUUGUGUCAUUUCAAACUCAAAUGAUGAUAAUCCAUAUGGAACAUUCACACAACAAUUUCUCAUUGGAAUAAAGCAAAUGUUUACGCCAAUGAUUUAUCUUCAUUUAUGGCUACAGCGUUAUUUUGUAAAAUUGCAUUGCUUAUUUCAUACUGCUAUAGCUAUUUUCUUUUCAUUUAAAAAAUGACAGAUUUCCAUUUUACUACACUAUAUAUAUAUGAAAUAAUAUAGGGAUAAUAUAUAUGCUGG